AUGGCACACACUCAGAACGACUACUUUGGUUCCAUCAGCUAUCCAGCAGUCGCUGAGCUAGGACUGCGGGUGAAUAAGCUCGGCAAAUCGAGCGUCACGUAUGAGAUCGGUCUCUUCGAGCGAGGGGUGGAAGAGGUCAGAGCUGUGGGCGAGUUCGUCCACGUCUUUGUGGAGCGAGCUACUGGACGGCCAGUCGCCAGCAUGAACAGUGUCUUACGAACAGGAUUAGAGCGGAUUCUAGUUGCAUCUAGCCCUAGCAAGCUAUGA